UGAUGCUCGCCCUGACGGCCGUCAAAGCCGGCGUCGGCGAGGGUCCCGGCUCGGCUCCUCCCGGCCUGAAGCUGCUGAUCGGCUUCCAGGCUCCUUGGAACUCGUCAUUCCCCUUCAGUGCCCAGCGGCUGGGCUCCGCAAUCCAGAUCGCCGUAGACAAAGUGAACGGGAAUCCUACCUUCUUGGGCAACUACACAUUGGGCUUCGUCUACAUGGACACGGCCUGCAGCCCCAAAUUGUCUUUGGCGGGAUUCAUUCAGCAGGUGUGGAGGGACAACGUGUCCGCCGUCUUUGGUCCAGCGUGUCCGGAAGAAGCUGAGGUGACCGGCCUGAUGGCGUCCGCGUGGAGCAUUCCCAUGUUCGGUUUCGUGGGACAAUCAUCCAAGAUGGACAACAGCGACGUGUACGACUCGUACGUCAACGUGUUGCCGCCGCUCAAGAGGAGCUCCGAGGUGCUGGUGAAGACCUUGGAAUUCUUCGGGUGGACGCACGUGGCCAUGAUCGGCGGCGGCCAGGACUCCAAUACGUGGGACAAAGUGGACGGGCUGUGGAAAACGGUAGAGACGCCUUUGAGGUCAAGGUUCAAACUGAAGGCUGCCGUCAAAUUCGACACCAGCGACAGAAGCCUGGUUUACCGCAACGUUAAGUACAUCGCCACUGUGGCUAGAGUGAUUGUGGUCCUGACCAACAAGGAGGACUCUCUGACGCUGCUGUUCGAGGCCGAGCGUCAGGGCUUGAUGGGCGGCGAUUACGUGUUCUUCCUGGUGCAACAUUUUGAGGACUUCGUGUGGAAAUAUUCAACGGACGGCCAAAUGAACCGAGCGGCCCUCCGAGCCUUCGAUAUGACCUUCAUCAUUGGCCAGAAAUCGUACGAGGGCUACGAGUACUACGACUUCUUCGAGCGGGUUUUUGAGAGACUCAGAGGACCUCCGUUUGACAGCAAUUUGACAUCCGAGAGAGAGGUGAGCACCUACUCUGCCUACCUGCACGACGCCGUGCUGCUUUACACCAUGGCCUUGAAGGAGGUCUUGAGAGACGGCAAGGAUCCUCACAAUGGACGUCAGGUUCUACAGAAACUGAAGAAUAAAAAUAGCAUUCGCUUCUAUGGAGCUUCAGGACUGGUCCACUUUGACGAGGACGGGGAGAGAAAUCUGGACUAUUCGAUUUAUGACCUGCAGUACACCGGAGAUGCCGCCGCAUUUGUCCCCGUCCUCCAUUUUGACAGCCACAGCAAAAGCAUACGGCCGACACCCAUGUUCACCGCAGUCACCUGGCCCAAAGGAAGACCCCCGUCUGACAACCCCGAAUGUGGCUUCAACAACGAGUUGUGCGAAUGGCUAAGCAACGAUAUCAUCCUACUGUCUCUGCUGGUCACGUUCCCAGUCAUCGGCGUGUUGGCCGUGCUGGGCAUCGGCGUCCUGGUCCUGCAGAAGCUGCGCCUCCAGACCAGCCUGGAGGACUCUCGCUGGUGGCUCAUCGACUACGGCGACAUCACCAUCAUCAGGGAGGCGUCAGUACGUGACCUUGGAGGACGUUGCGCAUUGUGGCGCGUUGUUUUGAUUGGGGCGGUCUCUAUCCAGGGGAAACCGAGCGUGUCGCUGAGCACCUCCAGAACCCUGAGUGGCAGCGGAGGUUCGUACUCCACCUUGUCUCACAACAGUUGCGGUUUCAAGGACAAGCGGGGCAAAGAGCGGAUAUACGCCACCGUCGGCCUCUAUCAGGGGAAUUACGUGGCCGUCAAGUACAUCAAGAAGGAGGUUUGCGAGAAACUCCAGCGGGCCUCCGUCCUCGCCGAAUUCAACGUGAUGAAGGAGAUGAAGCACGAGAACCUGGUGCAGUUCUUCGGCGCCUGCGUGGAGCCUCCAAACGUCUGUCUGGUCACGCAGUACUGCAGGAAAGGCAGCCUGAAGGACGUCUUGAAGGCUUCCGAUGUGGAGCUGGAUGGGAUAUUCAAGCUUUCCUUCGCUUACGACAUCGUAAACGGAAUGAAUUUCAUCCACAAGAGCAGACUCAAGUUCCACGGCAACCUCAAGACCAGCACCUGCAUGGUGGACAGCCGGCUGCAGGUCAAACUCUCCGGGUUCGGCCUGUGGGAGUUUAAAUAUGGCGGUAAAGGCAACCGUGGCCCGCCGGGAACUCCCAAAUAUGAAGGUUUGUACUGGACAGCCCCGGAGCUUUUGAGACAAGUCGUCCCGGAGGUCAACGGGACCCCCAAAGGUGACAUCUACAGUUUUGCCAUCAUCCUGUGGGAGCUCAUGUACAACUCCAAGAGCGGGCCGUACCACGACGUCGACCUGGAGCCCAAAGAGAUCAUCGCGAGGCUGCGGGGGCCCUUCCACGGCGAGCCUCUCAGACCUCCGCUGUCCGACCUGUGCGACGGCAACAUCAACGCGCUGCUUCGGGUCUGCUGGAACGAAAACGCUGAUCACCGGCCGCCAUUCAGGUCUAUUCUAAGACAGCUGAAGGAAGCCAGCCCAGAGAGUCAUGCAAACAUUCUGGACAACAUGGUGGCGAAGCUAGAAAAAUACGCCAAUCACCUGGAGGUGGUGGUGGAAGAGAGGACAAAUCAACUCGUCGCCGAGAAGACCCGCGCCGACAAGCUUCUCUCCAGCAUGUUGCCGAGGUACAUCGCGGACCAGCUGAUGGCGGGGAAGUCGGUGGAGCCUCGCAGCUACGACAUGGUCAGCGUCUUCUUCUCCGACAUCGUGGGCUUCACCUCCAUGUGCGCCAUCAGCUCGGCCAUGGAGGUGGUCAUGUUCCUCAACGACCUCUACAGCCUCUUUGAUGACAUCCUCCAGACGUACGACGUCUACAAGGUGGAGACCAUCGGUGAUGCUUACGUGGUGGCCAGCGGUCUGCCCAUCACCAACGGCCAACGGCACGCCGUGGAGAUCGCCACCAUGGCCCUGCACUUCCUGAGCGCCAUCAAGCGCUUCCGAAUACAACACAUGCCCUCAGAGAGCCUGGCCAUCCGCAUCGGUGUCCACUCGGGUCCAGUGGUCGCCGGAGUCGUCGGGAGCACGAUGCCUCGCUACUGUUUGUUUGGCGAUACGGUCAACAUGGCCUCUCGAAUGGAGAGCAACAGCUUACCCUUGAAGAUUCACAUCUCUCAGUGCACGGCUGACAUUCUGGUCCAGGUGGGAUCAUUUGAGCUGGAGGAAAGGGGAGAAAUUGAAAUGAAGGGUAAAGGCUGCCACAAGACCUACUGGCUGUUGAGCAAACAGGGUUUCAACCCUCCUUCACGGGAUGCUCAAAGACCCGCGCAGGCGGACGCGAGCCUCCAGCUGGCAGCAGAGGUAUACCCGGGAUUCAUCUUCAUACUCCUCUUCUUGUUCUUGACGUUGCUGUUGUUUCAUAUUGUUUUUUUUUUGUGGUGUGUCCAGGGAACUGCGAAGAAAGCUGCCAGCGGGGACGUUGCCUUACCUCCAGUGGAUGUUUAGUUUACCCGUAAUAAUAAUAUAUGAAAAUAACACUUAC